AUGAGGAGCUCCAUUUACGGCAUAUCCUUCUUUUUCCUCUUCUGUAUAUUUCCUUUGGUCUCCGGUCAGCUUGCUUCAAAGCAGAGCAACACGAUGAUCACAGUUUCUCACCAGCUUGCAAAUUCAUCCUGGAAUGUUGAGAAGGAGCAGAACCCCUGCCUUUGGGAAGGUGUUACAUGCAACGCUCCCCACAACGACUCCAUACUUUCUCUUUCAUUGUCGGGGUUUGGUCUCUCAAACUCUAGCUUCUUACCCUUGCUUUGCCAGAUUAAUUCUUUGCAGUCGCUCGACUUUUCCAGCAACUUGUUCAACUCAAUCCCAGUUGAGUUUUUCAACAGUUGUGGAGAGAUUGAUGGGUUAAAGAGCUUGAACUUUAGCAAGAGCAUGUUGGUUGGUUCUUUGCCUACCUUUCAAAAGUUUGUUGGAUUGGAAUCCUUGGAUUUAUCUUUCAAUUCUUUGAAUGGAAGUAUCGAUUCACAGUUGAAUGGUUUGAGUGCACUGAAAAGUUUGAACCUUAGUUUCAAUCAUUUCACUGGUUCAGUUCCAAGCCGCCUUGGAAAAUCCAGGGUCCUGGAACAAUUUGAGCUUUCUUUGAAUAGGUUCACAGGUGAAAUAGCUAGUGAAAUUUGGGAGCAUGGGAAUUUGAUAAAGAUUGAUCUCAGUGGGAAUCAUCUUAAUGGAAUUAUUCCUGAAUCUUUUGUGAACCUUACCAAGUUGGAAACCCUUAUUCUAUCUUCCAACCAGUUGCAUGGGGCAAUCCCUGCAGGCCUUUUAGGUAUUGCAACAUUGCAGCGCUUCACUGCCAAUCAAAACAACUUUGUUGAUCUUCCUAGUACUAAUCCCUCAAUGUCUCUCAAGAUUUUAGAUCUUAGUUAUAAUAAAAUAACUGGGAGAAUUCUACCGCAGUUGCUGUUGGGAUCAACCUUGCAGACUGUGGAUUUGUCUUAUAAUAUGUUGACUGGACCAAUUCCUGUAACCAUUUCUUCCAGUCUGGUCAGGUUAAGGUUGGGUAGCAAUUAUCUCAGCAGCCCAAUUCCUUCUACGAGCUUUGUAUCUUUGCCCAACUUGACGUAUUUGGAGUUGGAUAACAAUAGCUUUACUGGAACCAUUACUCCUCAAAUUGGUUCUAAUCGAAAGCUGGCAUUGUUGAACUUGGCUCAAAAUAAGCUGAAUGGGACUUUGCCUGAUGAAUUGCUAAAUCUUACGCAACUUGAGGUUCUAAAACUUCAACUCAACAAGCUUAGUGGUGAAAUCCCAAAUCAGAUUGGAAGGUAA